AGAAAGUGCAUACAAAGUAGUAGGUCCCAAACAGUGAGAGGCAGGAGGCUGAGAGACAGGCACUGCUGACGGACACAAGGCACAGAAGAGAGAGAGGCAUGGAUUACUGGACUGGAUUAUGUUUUCUCAACAUUCUGAAUGUUGUCUUCACCACUCCUGAUAUGUUCUACACUGUACACAUGGACAAAAAAGCAUUUGAUGAUGCUCAGGGAUCCUGUACGCUGGAUAAAGGUUUUUUGACCAACAUGGAGAAUCAGGGUGAAAUUGCUAAGAUUCUUCAGGCCAUUGAGAACAAGGGAGAAAUCACCAUGACUUCAUUCUGGAUUGGAUUAAGGAAAGAAAGGAGGGAUUGUGUUCAACCCAAUCUUCCACUCAUGGGUUUCUCCUGGAUUAUAGGUAAUAGCACAGAAUUUGAUGCUAGUAAGUGGAAAUCAGAACCUCAAGGUACUUGCACUAGUGCUCUUUGUGCACUACUCUCAGUGACGUAUAAAGGAUCUACAAUAGAAAGCUGGCAGUUUGUCUCUAGCGGCUGCAAGCAUGCAUAUCCCUUUGUUUGCAAACAUGAAGGACAGCGUGAGCAGUGGCCAUGCCCUUAUCCGACAAUGCACGGGAAGGCAGACAUCAUGCAAAAACAUCAUGAUCCCUACACUCUUCAGGUGACUUGUAAUAGUGGGCCCAGUUUCACUCUGACCUGUUCACAGAGUACGCGUGAAUGGAGGCUGCAAAACAAACCAGACACAGACAUAUCAGGACUUUGCAUGGAAUGUAACCAGGGCUACAGAAAGGAUAAACAAGGAUUCUGUGUGGAUGUGGAUGAAUGUAAAGAACUCCAGGUAUGCAAGCAUAAAUGCAUGAACACGCUGGGUUCUUACAAGUGUAAGUGUCCAGACACACAUGGUAUGGAUGGUAAGGACUCAGACAACUGCAGUAAAGCAGGAAACGUGGACCCUAGCCAUGAAUCUAGCCAUGGGUUCCAAGAUAACCCAACUCCCUCUACUAUGGAUGAGGGGAGGCAUUCUCCCUCAGUUCGACCAGAAAGCACAACUGAAGACAGUGUCCACCUUGAAGGAAACACUGGUGACCUGUCCAACAUCAUCAUUCCUGUGAUUAUAGCUCUGCUGAUCUUCGUAGUGCUGGUCGUGAUCACCGUGGCCAUCGUCAAAUGCUGCCUUAUAAGACGCUCUAAGAAACGGGCCAAAAAAAGAGCUGAGGUCUCCAAAGAGUCGAUGGCUUUGAAUGGGUCAGACUCCAUGGAGAAGGUCAGUGACAGAGAGGUGAUCUAAUACAGUGGAAUGCCCUGGUCAAAGUGAGGAAUUCAAUUACAGACUUGCAGUAUUCUUAAAGAACUAUUAAUGUGCCUCAGAGACAAUGAAUGUACAGUACAAACUCUUGCCUUUGAACGCUUGCCUUUUCAGUUUUACUCUGAAAUCAUGCUGUUUUACAAUCAGAAUCAGGGUGCUGGUGCAUAAUGCAAAGAUUAUAAGAGUUUGUUUUGUAAAGACUAAAACAUCCAUGGACUUUUUGCAUUAAAACUUUUCUGGUCUUUGCGUUGGACAGGGUAAUCAGGACAAUCUACAUUACAAAUGUCAGUGUAACAUCUUUCAUAUACUCUGUGUAAUAUGACUGGAAGUCUUAAAUUAAAAUCUGAUGAAACUGUUAAAAGGCAGACAUCAAUACAUGUAUGUACGCCUUGUUAUGGCAAAGACAAAAAUAUCAAGUGAUAAUGUCUUAUUUUCUCAGAACAAAAUGAUUGUAAGAAAAUGACAAUAAGACAAUAAAACUAAAUGCUGUGUAAGCUGUAUCCAUAAGCUUUCAGGUAAUGUGCAUGCACGAAUAAAGAAAACAUGGAUGCAGAGUUUGGAUAAAAAACUUUGCCAGAAUCCAUAUUCAUAUUUAACACUGAGCAUAAAUAAUCCAUAAGCUGACCUGAUUUAAAUAUGGUACAUUCCUACUACAUUGGAUAUUACUAUAUCCAACUAUUUUGAGUUAAAUAAUAAACAUUUGUCGCAACUUGUAUAUUCAAACUACUUAAAUAUUCAAUACAUUUUUGAAUUUAUUUUUUUGCCAUUGACUAACUCAAAUAUACCAUUUCCUUCUGGAUUGGCACAAUCUAUUUGCAUACUGGUUAUGUCCUACAGUUCCUGACCUCUGAAACUCGCCAUCAGUGUGUAGUGAUUACUCCAGUCUACCUUAGGUCAUAUAUAAUGAUUCACUAUCUGUAGUAGGUUGUAAGAGCAAGCAUUCUAUUCUGAGCUGCUAAUUCUGUGUUGGCUAUGUGCUAUACUGUUCACAAUAUAGAGUUUUCUUUUUCUUUCUAAUUGUCUGUCAGUAUUUCAAUAUAUAAUCUAUUUUUUACUUACAUAAAUUAAAAAAUACAAAUCAAUUUAUUAACCUGUCCAUAAUAUUCAAAGUAGAAUUAUGUGUGCAAGCAAUUGAUAUAACAAAAAACAUCAAGUUAAUUAACUUACAAUUUAUGAAUAAUAAUUAAAAGCUGUGAAUCUAAUUAACUCACGUUUUUUAUUAUUAUAAACAAUAGGCAACACAUUAUCUUAAAUUAUUCAAGUAAAUUGAAUGUAUCCAGUCUUAAAGUGUAGGGGAAACACUUCCUGCAUGUGUAUUCUUUAAUGCACAGUAGGUGAGAAAAGAAACACCACAGCACUAAACAGAACAUCACAGUUUACGAUGCACCAGUCUCACUUCCUCAUUAGUUUGCCUACAUUCUUCUACCGCUGAUUGUAUAGAAUAUUAAUUAUGUAGGGGUGGGAAACCCCUCCCCUUCUGCUCUCCAGAGGGAGUAUUAAUCUCAAGGGUUGUUUAUUUUUAUUAGUAUUUUAGCAGAUUUAGGAAACUCUCUGAGACGACCUGAGUAAGAAAACUAGAAAAAUCUAGCGAAACUAUUUUUAAUGAUAUGCGGUUGUGUGGUCUUCGGUAAAACACUGUCCCAAUAAUACACUCACUGUCUGAGAAAAAUAACAAUGUAAAUAUUCCCUCUAAGGUACAGCCUCUACAUUUACUCUCUCAGAAUGGAAUUGCAAAUAUGUAGUUUUUCUGAAAAAUGAUCUAUGUCAUAAAAAUAAAGGUGCUACAAAGA